GGUCUUAACAAGAAAGGCAGUUCUGACUUCUGAACUUCUGAUCCAUCAGUUUUUGAUGGAGCAAUGGGAUAUGAGUCCUUGCUUGAUGUUUGCUUAUCUGUUCACCUUUUGUACAUGUUUGCUUUGCUAGUUUUUUGAUUAAAUAAUCUCUUUCCUUUGCUGAGCUUACUUUGUGAUUGUGCAGCAUACUGUGUAGUUGCUGUUGAAUCUGUUGGCCGACAGGUUCCUAUUGCCUUCCUUGAGAGAGUCAAAGAGGAUUUCACAAAGAGAUACGGUGGAGGAAAAGCAUCAACAGCUGCUGCAAAUAGCCUGAACAAGGAGUUUGGGCCAAAACUGAAGGAGCAGAUGCAGUAUUGCGUUGAUCAUCCAGAGGAGGUCAGUAAACUUGCCAAAGUGAAAGCUCAAGUUUCAGAAGUCAAGGGAGUUAUGAUGGAAAACAUAGAAAAGGUUCUUGACCGUGGAGAGAAAAUUGAGAUUCUAGUGGACAAAACAGAAAACCUUCGAUCUCAGGCACAAGAUUUCAGGCAGCAGGGAACCAGGAUGAGGAGGAAGAUGUGGUUUCAGAACAUGAAGAUAAAGCUGAUAGUUUUUGGUAUCCUGAUUGCCCUGAUUCUGAUCAUAGUACUGUCCAUUUGCCAUUCGGCUGGAUGUGGUCGUUGAACGAUUUUGAAUGGAGUUUACAUGCCAUUGUAGUUGUCACUCUGUCACUUGUGGAUUGAUGUUGCUGCAUCCGAAAGUUACCAUCAGGGCUGUUUUAGUUAUAUAUAUGUUUUCUUUUUUUCUUGACGACACAUACUGCCAUUUUUCCCAUAGCCCAUAUUGGAAGACAAUGCAUGUAUAGUUUUUAUUUUUGAAUUCCUUUAAUGAUAGCAAGUUCCUUGAUGUGUGGAAACGCGUUGUUUUAUCCUGAUG